AUAACGUAACGUUGUUUCUAUGACACGACGAAAAGCCAGCAUAGUACAUUAAGAGCGAUUUACUGAGUUUCAUAAAGAAAACCACAAUAAAAACUGAGACAAGAAAAAAAAUGGAAGAACCUACGUUACAAAAGAUAUUGCGUGAGAAGUACAACAUUGACGAAAGACUCCUAGCUGAGGGAAGAUUUGUGGGGCUGAUCGGAGAUCACGCCACUAACCUACUCUGCCUGGGCCUCGGGAUCCAGUGCCUCACAAUAGCAAGAGUGGUUCUCAGUGGUGACGUCAUGGAUUACGAGUUGUUGUCUCUCCUACCUUUGAGGAUGCUGUCCCUAUCUUACCAGAACUUAGCAAAAAAAAUAAAGGUAAGAAGUCAAUUCAAAUCCACUCAGGUAUACCAGAUGUGUACAAGUGCGAACCAAGCCGAAGUCUGGGACAACUUUACCUCAACUAUACGCGAGGUUUACAUGUCAGAACAAGGUGACAUCUGGUGCAGACAAACUCUUCAACCUCCAAAGGUCCAGUACCCUAAAAAAACAGAAUACGUUUCUGAAAUAAAGUCAUUAGAUUUUGAGCAACUCGUGGACAAUUCUCAACAUAUUUCUAUCCCAACAAUAUCUUAUCAAGAUGUUAAUUCAUCCCACCAAAUUGUUUCAAGAUUAUCAGAAAGCAGCGAAUCUUUACCAGUAAAAUUACCAUCGCACGCAGACGACGAUAACUUUUGGUCCAACGAUGCCGUAAGAAGCCAAAGCAUGAUUUUCGAAAGCUUCGUAAACGGCGUGGAUGCAGUUUCAGGCGAUGUAGACACUGAUAGCCGUCAUACGUGUUUUCUCGCAGACGACACAGUUAAACACAACAUCUCGAACAAUUUCAUUCCAGUUAAAGGAAUCUCCGAUACAAAUAUUUGCAUUACAUCAGAAAAGGAGGAGAAACGAGAUGGGCGUUUUUGUAGUUUGUUAAAAAAGGGUGUUUUGUUGUGUCAACAAGUCAAAGCGUUAGAUAUCAGAUUCCUUUACAUUUGAAUAAAAUUCUAAUAACAUAAUUAAAAAAGAAAGCUUUUUAACUUUUA